AUGGUGAGGAGGCGAGGGUUCAGGCGGGACCUGGCCAUGAAGGCCGUGCUGGUGGGCCUCGCGGCGCUGUUUUUCUUCCUCUGGAGGGCGAGUAGCAACUCGUGCAGCACAGAAGUAGCCGCGCAAGCGCAGCGACUGGAGGAACUGAAGCAGCAGCAGCAGCAGCAGCAAGCAACCUCCGCGGCAGCUGCUGAAACACCGAAGCCGAAGCCGGCGGAGGCACAAGGCCUCGCCCCACGCAUCCCCGAGGAGAAGAAGACGUGGCUCAAGUCGGUCACGUUCGAGGGGGAGGUCGAGCGGCAGAUCCUGUCCAUCUUCGACCACGUUUUGUCGAGUCCGCCAAAGAGCAAGGACGCGCGCGUGAUCGACGUGGGCAUGAACCUCGGCUCGUUCACCCUGCACGCGGCCAGCCUGGGGUACCGCGUCGAGUCGUUCGACCCGCAGCCAGGGUGCGUGCGGCUGAUGCACGACACGUCGCUGGUCGCGCUCCCCGAGCUCAAGCCGUACGUGAACGUGUACAACGUCGGGCUCGGCCCCCCGCACGUCAUCCUCGCCGACGACGACUCCUGCGCGGGCGACUUCGGCAUGGCGGGCGAGGCCAAGCCCGACGGCGGGCCGCGGGCCGGGGGGGCGUCGCACGAGGUCGCGAUCGUGCCCGUGCGCCACCUGUUCCAGCCGACGUGGGACCCCAUGGUGCUGGUCAAGGUCGACACCGAGGGCGCCGAGUCGGUCAUCCUGCCGCAGCUGCUGCCGCUGGCCGAGGCCGGCAGGAUCGAGAACAUCGUGGUGGAGGUCAUGCCGCGCAGCUGGGCGGGGCGCGGCGGGGACACGUCGGAGGCGACGGGCGCGCUGGCGAGGCUGCAGAAGGCGGCGCGGAGGACGGUCCUGCUGCACGACGACACGCCCUUCGACAUGCCCGGGCUGCGGAGGGUGGAGCUCGGCGACGAGUUCGGCGUCCAGGGGGCGGCGUACGAGGGGCUGGACUUCGAGGCGCUGGUGGAGAACCGGGUGAGGGUCAACGCCGGGAGCAACGUGUGGUUCAUGUUCUAG